AUGCUUCAUCCCUGCGUGCCGGUCUUACAGCAAUUUGUACAGGACCCGAGUGUAGAUGUGCUUAUAACGGACGAGAACACCGCGUAUGACGUGGAGGACCUCCUUGCUGACCUGGCAUCACGAGGUGUGCUCGGCGCGCAGCAGGUGGACGCAGCAGUGCAGGAGAACGGUGUGCCCGGGGCGCAGCAGCUAGACACAGCAGUGCAGGAGAACGGAAUAAAGGCGGAAGCAGAAGGAGUAGUGGUGUUCUUUGAUGUGCUCAUGGUGGUUCUAGAUCAGUACUUGGGAAACAGACUCGGGAGCAAAGGCGAGCCUUCCCACCCUCAUCCUUCCCUCCCUCAUCCUUCCCUCCCUCAUCCUUCCCUCCCUCAUCCUUCCCUCCCUCUCACCAUCCGCCACCCCCUUCCCCUUCCCCCCCGCUUUCCCUUCCCCCCAGGUGUGCCCGGGGCGGAGCAGCUAGACGCAGCAGUGCAGGAGAAUGGCAUGGAGGCGGAAGCAGAAGGAGUAGUGGUGUUCUUUGAUGUGCUCAUGGUGGUUCUAGAUCAGUACUUGGGAAACAGACUCGGGAGCAAAGGGGAACCCGGCGAUUGGGCGAGUGGGAGUGGGGAGGAGAGUGGGAGUGGUGGUGGGAGUGAGGUGGAGAGUCGGAGUGAGAGAGGGCGUGAGGAGGGGAGUGGGAGUGAGAGAGGGAGUGAAAGCGGGAGUGGGAGCGUGGGGGAAAGAGGGAGCGGGAGAGGGAGCAGGAGUGGGAGUGGGAGUGAGAGAGGAAGUGAGAGAGGAAGUGAGAGAGGGAGUGAUAGUGGGAGUGAUGUGCCCGUGGGAGCAAUGGUGGGAGAUGAAGACGAGGGAGAAGGGGAGUACGGAUAUGAAUAUGAGGGGGAGCGAUCAGGGGAGGAGGAUGUGUCAGAUGGUGGGGAGGGGAGUGAGGGAGAAUUGGAGGAGGAGGUGAGUGGAGAGGAAUUGAGCGAAGAGGGAUUGAGUGAAGAGGAAAUGAGGAAUGAGGAAAUGAAAGAUGAGGAAAUGAGGGAUGAGGAAGGGAGUGAGAGAGAUUUGAGUGAGGAGGAUUUGAGGGAUGAGGAAGGGAGUGAGAGAGAUUUGAGUGAAGAGGAAAUGAGGGAUGAGGAAGGGAGUGAGAGAGAUUUGAGUGAGGAGGAAAUGAGGGAUGAGGGAGGGAGUGAGAGAGAUUUGAGUGAGGAGGAAAUGCGAGAUGAGGAAGGGAGUGAGAGAGACUUGACUGAGGAGGAAAUGAGGGAUGAGGAAGGGAGUGAGAGAGAUCUGAGUGGAGAGAGUGUGAGCGAGGAGGAUUACGACCCUGAUAGGCAAGAUAGCAGGGAGGAGGAGGAAGAGGAGGAGGAUAGAAGUGGCAGUUUUGACAGUGAGGGGCACGGCAGUGGGGAUGGCCCGGAUGGGUAUGAGUCUGAGGAGUAUGCCGCUGCAGGGAGAGGGGUCAGAGGGGCCGAGGAGCAUGGGCCUGGGGACGAGGACUCGGAUGGGGAUGGGCGUGGGAGUGAGGCGGAGGAACAGGAGGAGGAGGAUGAUGCAGAGUAUGCGAGCGAGAGUAGGAGUCACAGCGUUGGGGGUAGUGCUGCUGACAGUGCCAGUGAGAGUGUUGGUGAGAAUGGCAGUGAGAACGGCAGUGUCAUCGGCAGUCACAGUGGAAGCAGCAGGAGUGGCAGUGGCAGUGGUGGUGGCAGAGGGAGUGAGGAUGGAGGCGGUGGGAGUGAGGGUGGUGAUUAUAGGGAUGAUCCGCCUGGGGAUGGUGGUGUUUUUAGUGAUGACGAUGAUGGUGAUGGGAGUGAUGGUGAUGGGAGUGAUGGUAGUGAUGAUGUUCCGAUUGCUCGGCCAGGGGAAAUGGAUGGUCAAGGCGAUUGGCCCCGUGGAGGUGAGUCACAAGGAGAGGAUGACGUGUCACAUGGAGAGGAUGAGGAGUCGCAGGAGGAGGAUGACGUGUCACAUGAUGAGUCACAAGGAGAGGAUGACGUGUCACAUGAGGAGGAUGAGUUGUCACAUGGGGAGGAUGACGUGUCACAUGGGGAGGAUGAGUUGUCACAUGGGGAGGAUGACGAGUCGCAUGGGGAGGAGGAUGACGUGGAAUCCGAUGAGGAGACGGGAUUGGAGGAUGAUUUGCCGCACGAUCUGGUGCCAGAAGCGCGUAUGGGGUCGGAGCAGGAUAUGGGAUCGGAGCAGGAUAUGGGGUCGGAGCAGGAUAUGGGAUCGGAGCAGGAUAUGGGAUCGGAAGAAGAUACGGGGUCGCAGCAUGAAAUGGGAUCUCAAGACGGCAUGGAAUCGGAAGAAGAUAUGGGAUCGGAGGUAGAGCGGUCGGAGGGAGACACGGGUUCUCAGCAGGGUGGAAGCUCGGAAGAGGACUUGGGAUCGGAGCAUCAUGAAGGAUCGGAAGAGGAUUUGGGGUUGGAGGGAGAACUGGGAUCAGAGGAAGAGUCGGGUGAUGAUGCCGUUGUGGCAGCAGCGGCAGUGAUAGGAGACAGUCGGGAGUAUGGUGAUGGAAUGGGAUCGGAACAGGAUAUGGGAUCAGAGGGAGACUUGGGGUCGGAGGGAGAGUCGGAUGAUGAUGCAGUGGUGGCAGCAGCGGCAGUGGUGGGGUACAGGCGGGGGCACGGUACAGGGUCAGAGCAUGAUGAAGGGUCGGAAGAGGAUUUGGGGUUGGAGGGAGAACUGGGAUCGACACCUGCCCCUCUGUCUGCUUCCUCUACCGCCUCUGAUGCCUCAUCUGACAAUGAAUCUGUUCCCGUGGCCUCACAGCUGGCUCCUGAGUCCCCUCUAAAGCCGUCAUCUCCUGACAGAAUCAAUGCCUCAUCUGACGACGACUCUGCUGUUCCCGUGGCCUCUCAGUUGGCUUCUGAGGCGCCUCACAAGCCGUCCUCUGAUUCCUCGUCUGAUGAUGAAGACGAAUCUGUUCCCGUGGCCUCUCAGGCCUCUCAGGCCUCUCAGUUCACGUCCUCCUCUCUCCCUCCUGCCGCUGCCGCUCCAUCACAACAACUGCUUUCUCACCCGUCUCAAGAACCAGAAACUUCCGUUACACCUGCCUCCGUCCUUCUUGCUGCUGAGAGUCCUGCAGGCGAGGGGGGUUACAGUGGGGAACCGGCAGUGGGGAGUUUACAAGGGCAGGUGGGGGGAGAGUAUGGGGAUGAGGGGCGGUUGGGGGAACGGGCAGGAGAUGGGGGUCUGGGGGAGCAGCUAAGGGACGCUAUGAGUGUUGAGAAAAGGUUGGGUGGGGCGAGAGGGAGUGGGGAGGGAUCAGGAGCUGCUGCUGCAGUAGCAGCAGGAGAAGCAGCAAGAGCAGCAUUAGCAGCAGGAGCAGCAGUAGAAGCAGCAGAGGGAGCAGUGGCCGCAGCAGCAACACCGGCAGAAGAAGCAGAGGGGAGGGGGGAGGGGGGAGCAGCAGCUGAGAGAGAUGGUUCACAGGUGGAAGCAGUGGCGAAAGGUGGAGAUGGGGGGUUUGAGAGGGAUAAAGAUGGGAGCGUGGGAAGUGGAGAGAUGGAGUAUGGUUACGAGGAGUGGAGAGAUGAGGAAACACCGAGGCAGAGAGAGGAGCAACAAGAGGAGGUUGUUGUGGGAGGUGAGAGCAAGUCUGGUUUGGAGUCUGAGUCGAGUGACGAACAGCAAGUGGUUGCUGCGGGGGUUGAGGAGAAGGGUGAAGCAGAGAAAAUCGACGAAGCAGAGAUGGGCAAGGCAGGGGACAAGGGCGAAGCAGGGGAGGAGGGCAAAACAGACGGGAACAGGGAGGAAGAAAGGGAGGAAGGCAACGUGGAGGGAAGCGAGAGCAAGGAAGUGGAUAGGGAUAGGGAUGUGGUGGUGGUUGUUGGUGUGGACAUGGAAGGGCAAGAGUGGGAGGCGCAGGGAUUGAGGAAUGAGAGGGAAACCGUAGCACAGGGGAAUUCAGGAGAGAGCAGGCUGGAGGUGAGGGAGCAGUGGGAGCAGAGGGAGGAUGGAGAAGGGAUGGAAGGCAGCAGUCGAGAGGAUGGGGUGGAUGGUGAUGGGGAGAGGGAGGGUGUGAGGGAGCGAGCUGGAAGUGAAAGGGUGGAAGGGAGUGAGGGGAUGGAGAGGGGGAGUGUGGAUGAGGAGGGAGCUUAUGAGAGGCAACAGCAGCAUUGGAACGAGCAGGGGAGUGAGAAGGGGAGUGAGGAGGGGAGUGAGAAAGGGAGCAAGGAGGGGAGGGAGGAGGGGAGCGAGAAGGGAAGUGAGGAGGAGAGUGAUGAUGAUGUGGUGAUGGCAGCAGCAGCAGUGGAGGAAAGUGAUGGAAAGUCGGGAGACAAGGGGAGUGAGGAGGGGGGCGUGAGGGAGGCGGAUGGUGAGGGAGGUAGGAAAGGGAGUAGUGAGAUGGGGAGCGAGGGAGAGAGUGCGAGAGGGAGUGAGAGGGAGUGGGAGGGGAUCGAUGCAGUUAGAGAAGGGGGGCAGCAAUGGGGAGAGGAAGGGAGUGAGCCUGGUUUUGAGAAUUCUCAAAAUCAACCUCAAACGGAAGGGAGUGAGCCUGGUGAUAUGGAUGAGAUGGAAGCGGAAGAGAGAAGUGAGGGGGGAAGUGAGACGGGGAGUGAGCAGAGGAGUGGAGGGGGAAGUGAGGAGGGAAGUGAGAAGGAGAGUGAGGAGGGAAGUGAGAAGGAGAGUGAGGAGGGGAGUGAGGAGAGGAGUGAGGAGGGAAGUGAGGAGGAAAGAGAGGAUGGUGAUGUGUAUGCAUUGGAGGAUGAGCAGGGAAGCGAGGGGGGGAGUGAGAGUAGAGGUGGGGGUGACGAGGGUGAUGACAGAGACGGGUUUGAGAGAGGAAGUGAGAGUGAGAGUGAGGGUGAGAGAGGGGGUGAGGAGGAGAGCGAUCGGGAGAGUGUGGAAGGGAGUGUGAGAGAGGGCAGUGAGGAUGCAAGAAGUGGGGAGGAGAGGAAUGAGGAGAGGAGUGAGGAGGGGAGCGAGGAGUGGAAGGGAGACACUGCAGAGUUGGAGGGGAGGGAGGGAAGGGAUGAAGAGGAGGAUGAGGACAAUAGCAGAAGAGGGAGUGAUUCUUCGGGAGGGGAAGAGGAGGCGGAAGGGGAAGGAGAAGAGGAGGAGAGAGGAGGAGGCAGUGAGUUUGGGGAGAGGAGUGGAUCAGAGAGUGGGCGUUCGGAGGAGGAGUAUGGUUCGCGAGUGGAGGGUGCAGAGAGGGCGGAUUCGCGUGUGUGGGAGCAAGGGGAGGAAGAUUCGCGUGUGUGGGAGCAAGGGGGGGAAGAUUCGCGUGUGUGGGAGCAAGGGGAGGAGGAUUCGCGAGUGUGGGAGCAGCAGUCAGGGGAUGAAGCUUCGGAGAAAGAAGGUUCUGAGAGGGGCUUUAGAACUGAGGGGUCAGAGGACGGGGUUGGGGAUGGGGAGUCGGAUAUUGUGAGUGAAACUGAAGGAUCAGAGGGGAUGGGGGUGGAGGGAGGAGAUGGAUUGGAAGCUGGGGAGACAGAUGAAGUGGAUGAAAGAUCGGAAGACGAGAGAUCAGAGGAUGAGAGAUCAGAAGAAGAGAGAGUAGAAGGUGCAAGAUCAGAAGAGGAGAGAUUAGAGGAUGAGCGAUCAGAAGAAGAGAGAUCAGAAGAUGAGAGAUCAGAGGAUGAGCGAUCAGAAGAAGAGAGAUCAGAGGAUGAGAGAUCAGCAGAGAAAAGAGCAGAAGGCGAAAGAUCAGAAGAGGAGAGAUCAAAAGGAGGGGGAGAAGCGGAUGGAGCGUGGGCAGUGGAAGGGGAGGAGGAGGAGCAGCGAGAGCAAGAGGAGACAGAUGAGGAGGAAAAUCAGGAAUCAGGGGACGAUGGGAGAUUAGAAGAGCUGGAGAGUGGGAGGAGGUGGGAUGGGAAAGAGAGGAACGAAGGGAGUGAGGGGAGUGAGGGAGGAGAGGAGAGUGAGGGUAGCAAAGAGGAGUUUGAGCAAGUGAGGGAGGAGUCGAGAGUGUGGGAGGGGGAAGGUGUUGAUGGGGGUACAGGAGAGUGGAGGGAUGAAAGUGGAAGGUUUGAUCGUGCUUUGAGUGGUAAGAGUGAUGGGAUGGAGAGAGAUCAAGGAGAAAGGAGUGAGGAGGGGAGUGAGGAGGGGAGUGAGGGGAGGAGUGAGGCGGGGAAUGAGGAGAGGAGUGAGGAGGGGAGUGAGGAGAGAAGUGAGGAGGGAAGUGAGGAGAGGAGUGUUGAGGGGAGCGAUGAGAGAAGUGAGGGUGGGAGUGAGGGGAGGAGCGAAGAGGGUUCGGAGGAAGGGAGUGAGAGGGAUGGUGAUGAGAGGGAGGAGGAUUGGGAGGAGAGGAGGGAGCAUGGUGAGGAGGAGGGGAUGGGGCAUAGUGACAGUGAGGAGGUGGGGAGGGGCGGAUUAGAGUACGAAAAGGAUGGGAUAGGGAGUGAGGAAGACGAAGAGUUUGAGAGGAGCGAGGAGGAGAGGAGCGAGGAUGAUGAAGAGGAGAGGAGGGAGGAGGAAGAGGAGGAGAGGAGUGAGGAGGAAGAGGAAGAGAGGAGUGAGGACGAGGAGGAGGAGGAGGAAGAGGAGGAGGAAGAGGAGGAGGAGGAGGAGGAAGAGGAGGAAAUACCAGUGAUGCUUGCUGCGGGGCCCUUUGUGAGAGCAGCAGUUGGAUCAGCAGUUGCAGCUUCAAGGGGGGAUGGGAGCAACGUAGAGGACUUUAUAGAGGAAGGAGAGGGGGAGAGUGAGGAGGGAAGGGAUGAGGCGGAUGAGGAGGAGAGAGCUUUGAGUGCGGAGCAAGAGGAAAGUGAGGAGGAGGGUGAGGGAGAGGAGGAUGUUGAUAGGGAGAGUGAGGAUGGGAGGCAUGGGGAGAGAGAGGAGGAAAGUGAGGGAGGGAGUGGGGGGGAACGUGAUGACGAAAGUGAGGGGGGUAGAGAGGGGAGGAGGGAUGGAGAAGGCAUGCAUGCUGACGUGGUGGAGAGUGAGGAGGAAAGGGAUGGGGAACGUGGGAUCUCAGAGAGUGAGAGAGGGAGUGAGAAUGAGAUUGAGAUUGAGAAAGAGAAUGGGAGUGAGAGUGGGAGUGAGAGAGAGGACAGCCAUGGAGGGGCGGACAUGUACGGAGAAGCAGAGGGGCUUCGGGAAGGAGACAUGGAUGGGGAUGGGAUGUAUGGGGAUGGGUUGCACGGGGAUGGUAUGCACGGGGAUGGUAUGCACGGGGAUGGUAUGCACGGGGAUGGUAUGCACGGGGAUGGGUCAUCAGUGCACGAGAGUGAGGAUGGAGAGGGGAGCGUGAGUGAGAGUGAGGAGACGCGUGGGGCGCGUGGGAUGGAAGAAAUGGAAGGGAUGGUUGGUAGUUUGGAUAGGGAUGGUGGGGGGGAUAUGUAUGAGGGUGGGGAGAGUGGUGAGCUGAAUGAUGGGCGGAAGGAUGGAGAGCAGGAGAUGUAUGGGGAUGGGCGCAGUGAAGGGGAGGAUGGGCGCAGUGAUGGGGAGGAUGGGCGCAGUGAUGGGGGGGAUGGGCGCAGUGAUGGGGAGGAUGGGCGCAGUGAAGGGGAGGAUGGGCGCAGUGAAGGGGGUUUAUCAAGGGAAGAGGAAGAGGAAGAGGAAGACGAUGUACCAGCGCAAAGGUACGCACAGGAGAGUGAUGACGAGGAAGGGCCGAUGGAGAGGAGUGGAGAGUGGGAGAGGAGUGGAGAGAUAGAGAGGACUGGAGAGAUAGAGAGGAGCGGAGAGAUGAUGGGUGGAGUGGUGGAUGGUUCACACAUGGGGGGGGGUGAUUCAGGUCCAUGGGAGCACGCUGAAGCUGAGGGAGAAUCAGGGGAGGGGGAGUCAGAGGAGGAGGGGUCAGAAGCUGGAGGAUUGGAAGGAGGGGGAUCUGAAGAGGGGGGAUCGGAAGGAGGGGGAUCUGAAGAGGGGGGAUCGGAAGAUAUGGGAUCAAGAGGAGAGAGCGUGGAUGGGGAAGAGGAUAUGUAUGGGGAUGGCACUACAGCAGGGUUAUUGGGAGAUGAAACGGGGCGUGCACAGCAUGGCAUGGACCAAUCAGGAGGUGACAUGGGCAUGGGCAUGGACAUGGGGGGAUCAGUAGACUCUCAGAGUGAUGGCUAUGAUGGGAUGGGUCAUUCAGGGGAAGUGCCUGAAGUCUCAGGUGAAAUUUCAGGUGGUUUGAUGCACCAGGCAGGCCAGAUGCAGGAUGGGAGGCCUGGUCCCGAUUCAGUGUAUUCAGGUGAAGUGGCAGCAUCAGGGGAGGUUACACCUUCAGGGGAUGUUGGGUGGCAAUCAGGAGGAGAAGAAGCAGAGCGAGGGCUUGGGGAUGAUGGCCUUGAUUCAGGAGAUGACAUGGAUGGUUCGGAAGAUGAAACGAGGGAGUUUGGAGAUGGAACGAGAGAGAUUGAGGAUGGAACGGGCGAGUUUGGGGAUGAGACGAGGGAGUUUGAGGAUGAGACGAGGGAGUCUGGGGAUAAAACGAGGGAGUCUGAAGAUGAAACGAGGGAGUUUGAGGAUGAAACGAGAGAGCUUGGGGAUGAAACGAGGGAAUUAGAGGAUGAGACGAGGGAGUCUGGGGAUGAAACGAGGGAGUUUGAGGAUGAGACGCGUGAGCCUGGGGAUGAAACGAGGGAAUUCGAGGAUGAAAUAAGGGAGUCUGAGGACGGAACGAGGGAGUUUGAGGAUGAAACGAGGGAGUUUGGAGAUGAAACGAGGGAGUCUGAAGAUGAACUGGGGCAUGAUAAGGGUGAAGCUGGCAACAUGCCAAUCACAAUGGAGCAGUCAGGCGAGGCAGUGGAGCGAUCUGGAGAUGAAACGAGUCAGUUAGGAGAUGAAACGUGUGAGUACGAAGGGACUGGGGAGUACAGUGGAGUGCACAUGGAGAGGGGCGAAGGAGAGGAAGGGAGUGCGAGUGAGGGAGAGAGGAGUGAGGAGGAGAGUGAGGGAGAGAUUGAGGGAGAGAGGAGUGAGGGAGAGGGGAGUGAGGGAGAGGAGAGUGAGGGAGAGAUUGAGGGAGAGAGGAGUGAGGAAGAGAGUGAGGGAGAGAGGAGUGAGGAGGAGAGAGAGUUAGAGAUUGAGAGAGAAAGGAGUGACCAAGAGAGUGAGAGAGAGAGGAGUGAGGAGGAGUGUGAGGGAGAGACUGAAAAGGAGAGGAGUGCGGUAGAGAGUGAGAAAGAGCGGAGUGAGGGAGAGAGGAGUGAGGAAGAGCGGAGUGAGGGAGAGAGGAGUGAGGAAGAGCAGAGUGAGGGAGAGAAGAGUGAGGGAGAGAGGAGUGAGGAAGAGAGGAGUGAGGGGGAGAGGAGAGAGGAAGAUAGUGAGGGAGAGAUGACUGAGGAGAGGCACUGGGCAGAGGAGAGCGGUGGUGUGGAUGGGGAAGAGGGUGGGUCGAGUGGGAGUGAGGGUGGUGUGGUAGCAGCUACGAUGGUGGAGGAAGAUGAGGAGGAGGAGGAGGAGGAGGAGGAGGAGGAGGAGGAGGAGGAGGAGGAGGAGGAGGAGGAGGAGGAGGAGGAGGAGGAGGAGGAGGAGGAGGAGGAGGAGGAGGAGGGAGAUGAAGAGGAGGAGAGUGGAGAGGAAGAGAUAGGAGGAGGGAGUGAGAUGGGAGAGGGUGAGAGUGUGGGAGGAUGGGUGGAGAGGGGUGAGGGAGAGAGGGGUGGAGAGAGAGGACUGGAGGGUAGGUGGGGCAUGCAAAAUGGAAUGGAAUCCGGUGGCAUGGGUAUGGGUGCGGAUGGCAUGGGUAUGGAUGCGGAUGGCAUGGAUAUGGGUGCGGAUGGCAUGGAUAUGGGUGCGGAUGGCAUGGAUAUGGGUGCGGAUGGCAUGAGUGUUGAUUCAGAUGACAUGGGUGUGCUUUCAGGUGGUGGUACCAUGGGUAUAGAUAUGAAGCUAGGUGUACUGAAUUCCAUUGGUAAGGACACCCUUGGAGGGACCAAGACGAGCCUUGUAGGGAGUGAAGGGGGGGACGCAUGGGAAGAGGAGGGGAGCAAUGCAAUUGAGAGAGGGCAUGGCGUGGGGAGUGAUGAGGAGAGUGAGAAAGCGAGUGAGGAGGAUGAGUGGGAGAAAGAGGAUGAGGGCCGAGCCUUGGAGAAUGGCACAGCUUUGCAGGGCGCCCGAGGCUCGGAACCGCAUGGAGGUUCGGAGGAUGGCUCGGACAGAGGCUCGGAUGUGGGAGAAGGGAAUGGAGUACCAGGGUCUGACGAGGAUGAUGAUGAUGACGUGGCAGUGGCCGAGACGGUCGGUAAAAUGGCAGGUGAGCUGCCAGGUGAGUUGUCAGGUGAUUUUGGAAUUUCAGGUGAGAAUGGUGUUUCAGGAGGUGAGAAGACGACGCAGGGUGAUGCCGUGGCAAAUGUGGUUGGUACCGACGACAUGGGUGGGUUGGAUGGUUUGGAUGGUUUGGAUGGCACGAACGCCGUGCAUGGCAAAGAUGUCACCACCAUCGAUGCUUCUGGGAGCACAUUGGUGCAGUCUCAGCAGUCUUUGCCUUCAGACAGUCGCGCGAGCAAGAGCGAAUCCGAGGGGUCUGGUGGUGGGGUGGCAAUGGUAACAGCGGCACCAGCGUUGGCGGCACAGGCAGCAGCAGGAGGGCAGCAAUCAGAACCAUCAGCAGUAACCGCACCAGACGCAGCAGCAGCAGUAGCAGUGGCGGCAGCAGCAGCAGCAGCAGCAGCAGCAGAACCAGAAGGAGCAGCAGCCGCAAAAGUGGGAGGGGCAGCAGCAGUGGUGGCAAAAGCAGAGCCUUCGGUGCUAGAAGUAGCAGCAGAGGGGAAAAAUACGCAGCAACAAGUGCAGCAGCAGCAGCAGCAGCAGCAGGAGAGUGUGCAGAAGAGUGGGUGGGUGUCAUGGAUGGGAGGUGCAGUGGCAAGCCUGCUCACCCCUCAUGUGCGAAAACCCUCUGUUGACGUCACUGCGAUGCAGGCAGCAGCAGCUGUACCUCCUGAAGUAUCACCUGAGAUAACACCUGAUGUUACAGCACCUGCUGGUGUUACGGCACCUGAUGUCAUGAAGGGUGGUCUUAUGGCAGUGCAAGAGCUACCUUAUAAGGAGGAUGCAGACACCCUUUCAACUGGUAACGGUCCUUUGCCUCCAGAGCACACCAUUUCUCCACCACACCACACAACCCCUGCCAUUCCUUUGGAAGACUUGUCACUACCUGUCACAUACCCCACCCCCGUCUCCCACACCCUCUCCACCCAACCUGCCCCUGCCAAGCCUGCCGUUGCCGAGCCUGUCGCUGCCAAGCCUGCCUCUGCCGAACCUGUCCCUGCCGAGCCUCUGUUGUGUGGGUCUGCUGGAGAGGGCGCCGAGGGGGCAGUACUGUUUCAGGUGGCUGCGAAAACACCUGCGUCAGGUGGUGUGGUGCAGUCAGGUGGGACUGGGACCGUGCCAGGUGAAUCUCCAGGAGGUUUGCUCCAAGGGAAGAUGCCCAACGGGUAUGCUAGUAUGGGGGAAAGGGAGGGUAGCGAAAGUGAGGGGAGCGAGGAGGGUGUAGGGAGUGAGGAGGGUGAAGGGGGUGUGGGAAGUGAGGGCUUGGAGCGUGGUGCCAGUGGUAUGAGUGAAGAGAGGAUAGGCGAUGUGUAUGGUGCGGGUGACAAUGAUAAUAUUGGUGGGGAGGAAGGGGAUAUGUAUGAUGAUGAGGGUGAUGAAAGUGAUGCAUCCAAUGGGGAGGAGAGGGACAUGCAUGGUGGGGAAGGAGGGGAUAUGUAUGGUGAGGGUGAGAGUGAUAAUUCUGGUGGGGAGGAAGGGGAUAUGCAUGGUGGGGAGAAAGAUGAUACGUAUGGUGAGGGUGAGAGUGAUAAUUCUGGUGGGGAGGAAGGGGAUAUGCAUGGUGGGGAGAAAGAUGAUACGUAUGGUGAGGGUGAGAGUGAUAAUUCUGGUGGGGAGGAAGGGGAUAUGUACGAUGAGGGAGAAAAUUAUGCAACUAACAGGGAGAAAGGUGAUAUGUAUGGUGAGGGUGAAAGUGAUGCUUCUGGUGGGGAGGAAGGGGAUAUGUACGGUGAGGAGGGAACAGAGGAGUUAAGUGGGGUGCAACGAUCACAUGAAGGAUGGAGGGAAGAAUCCGAAGAGAGAAGGUCAGAAGAAGGGGAGCCGGAGGAGGGGGAAGGAUUAGAAGAGGGGAGGUCAGAAUUGGGGGCAUCAGAAGAAGGGAGGUUAGAAGAGGGAGAGUCGGAAGGGGAGGAGAGAGAAGAGCGAGAUUCACAGGGCGAGUUGGCUGAGAGGCGUGAUGAGUGGGGCGGAGAGAGAGGCUCAGGUGCAGAGUGGGAGGAUGGGCAGGAGGGGCAAUCGCAGGAUGGGGAAGAGGAAGAGGAGGAGGAGGAGGAGGAGGAGGAGGAGGAAGAGGAAGAUGAGGAGGAAGGAAGAAGGCAUGGGGAUGGAGCAAGGAUGGGAGAGGGGUUUCCUAGGCCGUGGGAGCAGCAGGGUGGGUGGGAGGGACAGGAGAGUGGGGAGGAGAAAGAGGAGGACGAGAAAGAAGAGGAGGAAGAGGAAGAAGAGGAAGAGGAGGGCGACAGGCAAUGGGGAGGCGAGGACUGGGGCGGACAAGGAGGAGGAGGAGGAGGAGGAGGGGACGGGAGAUUUCUUGAAGGGAACGAUGGGAGGGCUCUGGGUUUGAAAGAAGAAGAGGAUGGAGAGUCCGAUCUGAUGAGCGAUGGUGGAAAUGGCAUGGGUUCGUUCAAGCAGCAGGAGGAUGAGCGUGAAUCGGAUGAGCAUAGCGGUGAGCAUAGAGAGGUGGAUAUGGGGUGGGAUGAGAGGGGGAGUGAAGGGAGCUUCGUGGGGAGGAAUGAGGAGGAGAGGAGUGAGGAGGAGAGGGAUGAGGAGGAGAGGAGUGAGGAGGAGAUAAGUGAGGAGGAAGAGAGGGAUGAGGAGGAGAGGAGUGAGGAGGAAAUGCAGAGGGGGGAGAGCAUGGAGAGUGGGAGUGCUGAUGGGGCGGAGCAGGUAGAGGAGUGGGAGGAAGAGGGAAGGAGUGAAAGGGAUGGUGGCGGUGAUAUGUAUAGUGGUGCUAUCGCGGAGGAAGAGGAGGAGGAUGGGGAUAGGGAGACCGAGGAGGAAGAGGAGGAGGAUGGGGAGGAGGAGCAGGAGGAGCAGGAACAGGAGGAAGAGGAGGAGGAGGCACGUUAUGGCAACUCUUUCCCUCCACCCUCCCAUCCCUCCCACUCCUCCCAUGUUGACAGUGUUCCUCCCUUACCGCCCUCGCUCCCGCCUGCUCUUGCCUCCCGCCUCCAGUCCUUCUCCCCCUAUCCACGCGUGACCUCAUGGCAUGCUAAUGAUCCCCAGUCCAUGCCGCGAGCCUUGGGAGGCAUGGGGGGCGUGGGGGGCGCUGGUGGCAUGGGAAGGAUGGGGAAUGGGGUGGUGGCGUAUGGUAAGGCAAUGCGGAGUUAUAGCAAUAGGGAUUAUGGUGGGGGGGUAGAGUAUGGUAAAGCAAUGCGGAGUUAUAGCAACCGGGAUUACCAGAGUGGGAAUGCGCAAGGCAUGGCAGUUCGGAGUUUCAGCAACAGGGAUUUCGGUGUGGGAGGGAGAAACGGGGUGGAGUUUGGGAGGGAAGGAGCGGCGAUGGAGGGAGAGGGAGCAGUACGAGGGGGGCAAGAUGGGGCGUGGAAGGAAGGAUGGAGGCCGUUUCAGGGUGUUUCGGUGCAGGCUGUUGGGUCAAGCCUUGGCUAUCCGGUUGCUGCUGCUGGUGCUGGGAUGGGUGGAGCAGGGUCGGGAGUGGUGGAGGAGGAGGAGAUAGAGGGAGGGGAGGAGGAGCAGGGAAGACUGUGGGAGGAAGCAGAAGAGGAGGAGGAGGACGAGAAAGAGGAGGCAUUGGAGGAGGGAAGAUUAUGGGAGGAAGUGGAGGAGGAGGGGGAUGAAGAGGAGGAGAAAGAGGAUGAGGCAGUAGAGGAGGGUAGGUUGUGGGAGGUAGCAGAGGAGGAGGAAGAGGAGGAAGACGAGUCAGAGGGGGAAGUGGAGGGAGGGGUAAGGAAGCAGGAGGGUUCCGGGCAGUUGCUAUGGAAUGAGGGUGAAGCCAUGGAAGAGGGAAGUGAGGAGCAGGAGCAGAGUGAGGAAGACGAGGCGGGUGAGGAAGGCAGGGAAUUUGAGGGGAGUGAAGGGAGUGAGGGGAGUGAAGGGAAUGAGGAACAUCAAAGGUACGCGAUGGAGGAGUAUGGAGAGGGGUUGGAUGCGGAUGGACGGUGGGACGGAGAGGGAGGUGAAGGAAGGGGAACGAGAGGAGAAUACGGAGGUAUGGAGGUUGGAAGUGGGAGUGAUGGGGCUGAGGGGAGUAGGAUGUCUGACGAGCAACUGGAGAGGGUUGUGGAGGAGGGAAUGGGAGAGGGAGAGGGGGAGAGUGAGGGAGAAGGAGAGGGAUGGGUGGGAGAGGAAGGAGAGGGCAUGCGGGGAGCAAAGCAAAGGAAGGAAGGCAAGCUAUGGUCAGAUGAUGAGGAGGAGGAAGAAGAGGAGGAAGAAGAGGAGGAGGAGGAGGAAGAGGAGGGAGGAGUUGAAGGUCCAGGGGGACACAUGGUAACUCGUGAGGGCUUGAUGAUGGUUCGAGCUACGGCUUCGGGGCAUAGCGAAGCAACAGCAGCAGCAGGAGGAGAUAUGUACAGCAUGGGAGAUGCUUAUAACGCGGAUGGGAGCUACGGGAAUGGGGGUGGUGGUGAUGCAUCCAUGCAGCAGCAGCAGCAGCACGUGCCUCAGGAGAGGUUUCUAGACAGUCAAGUCCCGUGGAAACCCCAAUCGACAUCAGAAGAGAGUGAGAGUGAGAGCGGGGUUAUGGACGCAUUUCCAGUCACUGCUGCUGCUGCCGGUGGUGCUGCCGGUGCUGCUGGUGCCAAUGCAGCCGGUUUCUCUGCUGGUACUUCUGCUGCCGCUGCUGUUGCUGCUGGUGAGGAGUCUACUGAAGAUGAGGCGGAGAGGAGGAGGAGAGAGCGGGAGCAGAAGCGGGAGCGGAAGGAGCGGCGGGAGCGGAGGGAGAGGCGAAGGCAGUCGACUCUGUCGGCUUUAAGUGGGCAUGAGAGUGAUGCUUCGGCGAUGGAGUGGCGGCAGGAGGAGGAGGAGCAGAGAGCGAAGGGACAGCCGGGAAUGUUGGUGCUAGGGCAGCAGGUGGUGUUGCUGAGAGGGACAGGAGAAGGAGAGGAUGCGUUCACUUCUGAUGCAGGGAAUGAGGAGAUGGGGGGGCUGGUUGGGGAGGGUGUGGGGAGGGUGAGUGGGAUUGGGUUGGCUGCUGUGGCUGGUGGGGAGAGGUGGAGUGCCGGAGAAGGUUUGGGUGGUGGUAUGGGGCAGAGAGAGGCGGAGAUGGAAGGGAGGGAGGAAGUAGGGAGGGAGCGGAUGAAUGUGGAGGGAGGGAUGAGGAUGGAUGAAAGGAUGGAUGAGAGAAUGGAUGAAAGGAUGGAUGAGAGAAUGGAUGAAAGGAUGGAUGAGAGAAUGGAUGAAAGGAUGGAUGAGAGAAUGGAUGAAAGGAUGGAUGGGCGGAUGGAUGGAAGGGUAGGCAAGAAAAUUGUUGAAGGGACAGGUGGGGGGAUGGGUAAAGGGAUGGAAGAAGGGGUGGGGUCUGAGGUCUUGGUUAUUGAAGCACUUGCCGUGGGGAAGAAGAAAGGAGAGGGGGGGAAGAGUGGGAAGAAGAGUGGAUCGAGUAAACACAACUCUCGAGGGGAAGAGAAGGAUAAGAAAAGCUCCCGAAGCGCUACAAAGAAAGGGGAAGGGGAUGGGGGAGGGGAAGGGGAGAAGAAGAAGAAGAAAAAGAGCAAGAAGAAGAAGGAGCCUGAGCAAGAGGCUGGGGAGGGAGAAGAUGGGAAGGAGAAGAAGAAGAAACGGAAAAAGAAGAAGAAGAGUAAGGAGGGAGAGGAGGAAGGGGCUGAGGGUGAGAAGACAGACAAGAAAGUCAAGAAGUCUAAGAAAUCGAAGAAGAGCAGUAAAGGGGAGAAGGAGGGGGCAGGUGGAGAUGCAGCAGCAGGUGGGGAUGAUUCGAAAAAAAAGAAAAAGAAGAAGAAAAAGAAGAAGAGCAAGGAGGGAGGAGAGGAGGAGGGUGAAGACAACAAUGGGAAGGAGGAGAAGAAGCGAGGGAAGAACAAAGGCAAAGGGAAGAAGAAGGAGAAGGAGAAGGAGAAGGAGAAGGACGGAGCAGGGGAGGAGGGAGACGGAGGGGAGGGCGAGAAAAAGAAGAAGAGUAAGAAGAAGAAAAAGAAGGAGCACGAGAAGAAGAAGAGCAAAAAGGGCGGGGGAGGAGGAAAGGAGGACGGGGCAUUCGAAGAUGGGGGAGAAGAUGGGGAGGGCGCAGGGUUCGUGGGAGGGGAGGGAGAGGAGGGGCAGGGGGGACAGGCAGGGCUCAAGCGAUUGGUGGAAGCUGGGAGAGCAAGGGACAAGAGAGCUAUGAGUGCUGCAAUGACACGAGUUGCGAACUGGGUGGAAGAGAGUAAGGCAGCGCAGAGCAGGGCAGCGCAGGGUGUAGGGGAUUGGGAGGGUGGAGGAGAGGGGGAGGGAGGAAGGGAAGGGGGCAUGGGGGAGGGUGGGUUGGAGGAGGAACCGUGGCAGGGGGCGGAGGGAGGGGAGUGGGAUUCGGAUGGGGAAAGGGAAGCAGGGGAAGGGGACGGGGAAGGGGAAGGGGAAGGGGAAGGGAGCCUGGUGAUGGCGCAGGUUUCCCCCAUGAUGGGGCUUUCUCCCCCCAUGCGCGCUUCCCCCCAGCAAAGCUGGUCCGCCUGGAGGGGGGAUGAGGGGGAGGAUGAUGAGGGGGAGGGGGGAGGGUUUAGGGGGUUGAAUGGAGAGGGGGAUGGGAGCGUUGGGGAGGGGGCAGAGGUAUUGCGGGGACGUGGGGAGUGGGGGGAGGAUAGAGUAGGAAGAGGGGGGAGGAAGGAGUCUGAUGCAGGGGAUGCUGCUGGGGAGGAAGAUUGGGGGAGCGGACAGGAGGGGAGGGGUGGAGUGGCAAUGGCAGCAGCAGCAGCAGCGGCAGCGGCAGCGCAGCAGCAUAUGGGUCAAGGAGCGCGAUUCAUGAGUAACGGACAGAGAGAGGAGAGAGAGGAGGAGGAGGAGCAGGAUUAUGGAGGAGGAGAGUACCUAAAUGAGCAUGCAUAUGGCAGUGAGGAGGAGGAUGAGGAGGAGGAAGGGGAGGAGGAGGGAGAGGAGGAGGGAGAAGAGGAUUCGAGGAACUCUAGUGGUGCUGCUAGGGAGAGGGAGAGGGAGGUGGAGGCAGAGGGAGAGGAGGAGGAGGAAGAGGAGGAAGAAGAGGAGGGUGUAGAGGGUAUGGGGAGAGAGGAGGACGAGUGGGAUGAGGGGGAAAGAAGAGGGCAGGAGGAGGAUGGAAGGGGGCGAGGGAGGGAUAUGUGGGAGGAGGGAGAGAGUGAGGAGGAGGAGGAGGAGGAGGAGGAGGAGGAGGAGGAGGAGGAGGAGGAGGAGGAGGAGGAGGAGGAGGAGGAGGAGGAUAAUGAGGAGGAGGAGAGGGCAGAGGAGGAUAUGGAUAGCAAAGGCGGAAGGGGCAUGCCAUGGGGAGCAGGUACUGGGCAAGGAGGAAGGGCAGGAGAGGAAGAGGAGGAGGAGGAGGAGGAGGAGGAGGAAGAAGAGGAGGAGGACGAUAUCAGUUUGGCAGAGGAGGAGGAUGAUGGUGAUGGUAAUGGUGACAGUGGGUUUGUACCCUUGGCUAUGGCUAUGCCCAGUAUGGACCUCGAAGGCCUUCCGUCCGUGCAUGGCCGAGAGGAGGACGAGGAAGAAGAGGGGCAUAGCGGUGAGGGGAGUGAGGAGAACGAGGACCCGUUUCACAAACAUCAUUCCCAGUACCAGCAGUACCAGCAGCAGGAGCAGCAGCAGUACCAGGCACAGCAGCAGCAGCAGCAGCAGCAGCAGUACCAGCAGCAGCAGCAGCAGCAGCAGCAGCAGUACCAGCAGCAGCAGCAGCAGCACCCGAUGUAUCAUGGCAAGCGUCCGUCAAUGGUCCCCACGAAUGCUGCUAUGGCAGGGAGUGACGACAGUGGUGAGCAGAGCGGGGAGCAGAGCGAGGAGCAGAGCGAGGAGCAUAGUGAGGAGCAUUAUGAUGAGCAGAGGGAUGAACAGCAUGAUGAUGAGCAGUAUGAUGAGCGGAGCGGUGAACGGUAUGAUGAGCAGAGGGAUGAGCGCAGUGGGAUUAGCCAAGAGGAAGAGGGUCAACAAGACAAAGAGGGCGUUAGUGGGGAUGAUGAGGAGGAGGAGGAGGAGGAAGAAGAGGAGGAGAACAGUCGUGAGCAGUAUGAGCGGGAGAGGAGGUACGGGCGAGAGGGGGAGGAGGGGAGCGAAGGGAGUGGGGACGAGAGACAACAGGACAGCCAGGCUUAUGGGCAGAGUCAGGACUAUGAGCAAACCGCCUUCCCUGACACGCCUAUGUCUCUUGACUCGUCCUCGAUCGCCCUCGCGUUACCGGCUGGUAACGGCAUCUUGAACAGCGGCAACAGCAACAGCAGAGCAGUGCCUCCUUAUCUUGCUCCCCUCCGCACCCACAACAGUGAUAGCAGCGACGAAUCACUAGACCUUGCUGCUGCUGCCGCUGCUGUUGCUGCUGCUGCUGCUGCGGGUGGUGCUGCUGGUGGUGUUACGGCAGUAUCUGUGUUUCCAGGUGGCAAGCCGCCGUCGCGCCAAGCGUCCAUGGUGGCAUCUCAGCCCAUCUCCAGACAGGUGUCCAAUCAGGGGCCGCCACGUCAGCUGGGCAAUGCUGCUGGUGCUGGUGGUGGUGGGUGGGGGGGGGUGAACGGUCAUGGAGCGGUGGGGAGAGGCAAGGAGAGUGAGGAGGAGAGUGAGGAGGAGAGUGAGGAUGUAGUGAGUGCUGCAACGUCGUCUGAUGGUGAGGUGGUGACUGCAGCACCCAUGGCAACUAUGGAGUUAGUGGAAGGAGAAGAGGAGGAAGAAGACGAGGAAGAGGAGGACGAGGAAGAGGAGGAGGAGGAGGAGGAGGAUGCUAGUGGCUCUGAUAUGGAUUCGCAGCACAAUUCAGAAGUGAGGGGAGGAGGGGGAGGAGGGCGGGGAGGUAUGAUGAGAGGAGUGGCGGUUCACCCUAGUUCUAAAGUGGCUGUACAGCCAAUCAGAGAGGCGCAGUGGGAAGAGGAGGAGGAGGAAGAAGAGGAAGAAGAGGAGGAGGAGGAAGAGGAGGAAGAGGAGGAGAGGGGACACAGGAGAGGUAGAGGAAGUAGGGCGGCGAAUCAUGGGGGGAGUGUGGAGAGUGUGGAGAGUGGGGAGAGUGGGGAGGAGGGCUCAAGUGAUGCAGAGCUUGCACCUGUUGCUUCUCUGGUGGAGGGCGGAAAGGGGAGCGGAAGGGGGAGCGGGAGGGGGAGCGGAAGGGAGAGUGGACGGGGGAGUGGGAGGGAGAGCGGAAGGGAGAGCGGGAGCAGGAACGGGAGCAGGAGCGGGAGCAGAAACGCGAGUGAGCAUCCUGCUGGGUUUAGAGACGGAUGGGGAGGGGAUUCACUGGACGGAAGCAUGGAAGGAGACGAAGAGGAAGAGGACGAUGAGGAGGAGAGUGAUGACGAUCCGGCAAGGAGUGGGUAUGAACCCCCCUUGGCUAUGCCUGUUGCAGCAGCAGGAAGAGGAGGAGGAGGACACAAGAACACAAGGGGUAACCGCUGGGCUGGGGGUGGUGGUGGUGGCGGCGAGAGCAGCAGAGACGGCGACAGCAGCACAGCAGGAGGGGAUUUUAUGAGUGAAGCGGAUUCGGAGUUUGGGGUCCCGAUAGCCAUGCCGCUGGAUGCUGAGGAAAAGAGGAGGAUUAUUCGAGCCGCUUUACCUGUACAUAGUGAGGAUGAUAGUGGUAGCGGGGAGGAUCAUGGGAGGCGGCACCGGAGGAGGGGUGGUGGUGGUGGUGGUGGUGGUGGUGGUGGUGGUGGUGGUGGUGGUGGUGGUGGUGGUGGUGGUGGUGGUGGUGGUGGUGGUGGUGGUGGUGGUGGUGGUGGUGGUGGUGGUGGUGGUGGUGGUGGUGGUGGUGGCGGCGGCGGCGGCGGCGGCGGCGGCGGCGGCGGUGGUGGCGGCGGCGGCGGUGAGGAGGAGGAGGAUAGUGAGGAGAAUGGUUACUCUGGGAGUGGCGACGAGGGGAUUGCUACGGGUGAAUUCACGAGCGAGUUUGCUCCGCCCAUCGCCAUGCCUCUUAUGCACGGCACGGCUGUUCCUGUGGAUGAGGAUGAAGAUGAUAGCAAUUUCAGCAGCCAAGAACUGGAGGAGGAGGAAGAGGAGGAGGAGGAAGAAGAGGAGGACGAGGGAGGAGGAGGAGGAGGAGGGAGAGGUGGUGGGAAAGGGAGGAGGAAGAACCGGAGCAGGGGCAGCAGCCGGCGCAACCAGGACUCUUUCAGCGAUGCAAACAGUGAGCUAGGAGCACCGAUAGCCAUGCCGGUUGCCUCAGACUACGGGAGCAGUCAAGGGGACUGGGAUCACGGCGACCUUUCCCGGAGGCCCAGCCAGAACAGCAGUGGCCCGCUUGCUACACGCCCGUCCUCCUCCUCCUCCCGCAUUCCCGUCGGCGGCAGCAGGAAAACCGCCGGCCUGCCCCCGGCCGUGCCGCGACCGAAGGGCGCGGCCGGAGGAGGAGGAGGAGGAGCGAGCGGAGCAGGGGAUGGGUUGAGAGCACAGAAAGCCAUGGUGGAUGCUCAGAACCCGUUCAGGGGAGGCGGAGGGCCUCCCUCUGUGGCUUCUUCUCAGGAUUACACGGUGGUGCAUGGGACUGGGAGGAGGGCUGUGGUGCCGCUGAGAGGGGCGGCUGGGUCCGGGAGGAGUGGGGGCGGGAGACUGUCGGAGGAUGAAGGGUCGAUGCAUGGGGGGAUGGCGUCGGCGCGACACACUGGGCCUGCUAGAACCUCCAGCCUCCAAUCCGACGGCUCUCCUUCGCUCAACCACACCAACACGCAACGAUCAAACCAUUCAUCCGGGCGGGGUGGCUCACGAGCAGACACAGUCGACAGAGAGGGAAAGAGCAGGAGAAGCGGGCGGGCCAGCAGCGGAGACAGCUGGGCAGAGCAGAAACGCGGGGGCAGCGGAAGAGGAGCCAAGAAGGAGGAGGAGGAGGAAGAGGAGGAUCCUUCUGGGAAGGAUCUGGAAGAACCAAACGAGAAGCUUUGGGAGGAGGACGGCGCGGGGUUGCGGCGGAUUGAGAUGGAUGAGUCAAAGCGGCUUCGGAGUGCUGUGUCUUCUGGCUCAUGCUUCCUGCAGUGCAU